GCUGCUGCUGCUGCUGCUGUUGUUGCUGCUGCCACCCGUUCGCGAACGGCAACCCCGCAACGGUGAGAUACCGUAACAACUAAACUUACCCGUCAAAAGUUUUAUUGGCUGCUAUCCAUCAAUUUACUUCACCACUAUUCAUAACAAUUGAUGACACUUGAAUUUUAUUUGGUUUGGAAUUUUUAUUUGGUCUCGUUGUGUUUUGUGCUAUUGGUUGAAUGGCACCGAAGAUCCAGCCUCUUUCACCCCCCAAUCAAAUCCAACCACCAAUCUCAAAGUGAUUGGUCAUUUUAAUGAGAACACGAGUAUCACCAGUGUGGGAAAAAGUUCAGUUUUUAUAAUCGUUAUUAAAGGUGAAGUUUUACUUUUUAUCAGUGCUAUGAAGAAGUGAAUAUACUUGAUUUUUUUCUUCAUCGGUUACGAACAUGUUCCUAGUGCAAUAAAUAUAAACUCCUGGAUUAUUGCUCUGUGAAAUACUUACAACACUGCUAUUUUCAUUGACGAGGAAUAUAACAGUUAAAGGAAGUGAGAAAAAACGCCGAUUCAAGGGUUAUUUAAUCAUCGAGGGGAGCUGUUGAAAUUGGUUACUACUGUGGCAGUGGUGGCCCAACGUGGCAAUGUGGCCGAACAGCCUCAGUGGAGCGGCUGGUUGUGGGGGUGGAAGUGGAGCUGAUCUUGGUGGUUUAACAGCAGCAUCAACAACAUCGCCCACCGAUUUAUUUGGCCCAGCGGGUUUUGGCGGCUCCGCGACAAAUCCAUACGGUGCUCUAAAGUCAUCUCCUUACGUUGGGGCAUUGGGAAUGCCACCAAUCGAGGCACUCCACGGCACCAUCGGUUAUCCCGGUUGUAGUCCCGCCGGUGAGUCGUACUACUGUAAUCCGAGAAAACAGAGGAGAGAGAGGACGACGUUCAGUAGGGCACAGCUCGAUAUACUUGAGGGGCUUUUUUCCAAGACUCGAUAUCCGGACAUAUUCAUGCGGGAGGAGGUAGCGGUCAAGAUAAAUUUACCUGAAUCCAGAGUACAGGUGUGGUUUAAAAACCGUCGCGCAAAAUGUCGACAACAACAAAAGCAACAACAGCAAGCCCAAGAGAAAGCCCCACGAUCGAAAAAGCCGUCCGGUAACCCCGUGAGCAACCCUACGGCGGGGAAAAGUCCUUCGAUAGCUAGUACCCCAACAUCAUCAGCGGCAGUUCCAGCAACGACACCACUAAGUGGUGGUACUGCAGGUUCGGCCGCGAGUUCACCAACUCUUUUGAGGGACUCUCCUCAAUAUAAACCCGCUGGUGGCGCCACCGGAUUAUUGUUUGCUGCAAGUACUACACCACCUAGUCUGGGCGGUACAGUUUACAGCAGUGGUGGUAGUAGCAGUAGUAUCUGGAGUCCGGCGAUAACAGAAAAUAGUGGAACAUUUCCUGGAGAUCAUCAGAGGCUUGCAUGGACAACCACAGCUUCUCAGCAACAGUGUUAUCAGAAUUACUCGUCAUAUUAUUCGAACAUGGAGUACCUUUCGCCAGCUCCUCAUCAACUAAAUGAUACCGGAGCUAGUAGUCUUGACAACACGUGGAGCAAAACACGAGACGAGAAUACCUCUUCGUGGUUUUAUAACAGUGCAGGUUGGGGAGAACGAAAGUGAAUAUAAAUGAUUUUUUAUAAGAUCGUUGAACGCGAAGAAAAUGGCAAUGAUUUGAGGCAAUUAUGGUACAUAUCAGAGCUAGUCAAAAGGCUUGGAGUUAGCUUGAAAUUAUAUGUAAAAAAGAAAUGAAUAGAACAAAGUCUGUUUCAUCUUUCUCAAUCAUCUCUGAUUGUUCUGGUAUUCAUUUUAUUGUAUAAUAAUUUUUCAACCUUGCGGAAAUAUUCUGGCAAAUGAGGCAUGGGAAUUAAAUGCGAUAGAUUUAUGAUACAUAUCGAUGAUAGACUAUUUUUUUCUGAUGAAGAAGGACUUUUUAAAAAUCCA